UCUGGUCUCUCCUUGGAUCCAGCAGAAAAGAUGUCUGGGCGUGGAAAGAAAGCUGCCCCAAGGCCCAAAUCCGCCGUUUCCCAGUCCACGAGGGCAGGCCUGACCUUCCCAGUAGCUCGCAUCCACAGGCUGCUCAAGAAGGGCAACUACAGCCAGCGAGUGGGCAGCGGCGCCGCCGUCUACUUUUCGGCCGUGCUGGAGUAUCUCUGCGCCGAAAUCCUGGAGCUGGCGGGCAACGCCAGCCGAGACAACAAGAAGCGCCGCAUCGCUCCUCGCCACAUCUUGUUGGCGGUGAAAAAUGACGAGGAGCUCAACAAACUACUGUCCGGGGUCACCGUUUCUGAAGGCGGCGUGAUCCCCAAUAUCCAAGGGGCGCUCCUUCCCAAGAAGACCGCGGUCCUGAGAGAGGAGGUCGCUGGUAAAGAUGUUCAGUCGCAAGAGUUUUAAUUUCUUUUUGUUUUUACAAAUCUAUAGUUUAUUUUAAUACAAUAAAAAUGUUUCUAAUUCAUGUUUGUUUACUUCCCAACUGUUUCUAACCAUGUUGCAGAAAAUGACAAUACCAGGAGUCCUACUUGAAAUAUGGAUUUAUCGCAACAGGUGAUUCUCACGCACCAAGCCCGCUCUGCAUAAUAUGCAGCGACCGGCUCUCAAACAUUAGCGGGGAUUUUGUGUGAGACUCUUUUAAAAGAGUUCGAGCGCUACUUCCCAACUUCAAAGGACCCACGAACUGCCAAGGAAUGGAUCCGUGACCCAUUUGUCAACAAACCGGGCUGUAGUUUGGGGACCAGUAAACUUUACCGCUGCCAGGUAUUUUUUUUUUUCUAUACUUUUAUUGUAAUAUUUUCAGAAUGUGUUUGUUCUGUUUUUGGCCAAAGUAAGAAAAAA